AUGAGAUUCAGCAGCCAGCAGAUCAAGCAACGGUGCAGCCUCGUCUUCCACGAUGAAAAAAGAGCGGUUUUCAGAUCGAAGGGGGCAAGGAAAAGGACUUUCACUUUCCUCGAGGUGAAGGAUGGGUACUGUCCAGCGAGCCUUCAGGUUAUGGUGGAAGCUUCUGUGUACGAUCUCUCCAAGCUGGUUGCUGCGGGAACUUCUGUUGUCGUUGAUGGAUAUUUGAAGAUUCUGCCGGAAGGUAAAGGCAUGAAGCACAAGACUGAGCUUAGCGUCGAGAAGGUGAUUUCUGUGGGGACGGUGGAUAAGGAUUACCCGAUUGAUAAGAAGAAUCUGAGUCUAACAUAUUUGAGAGACUAUCCUCAUCUUCGUGCAACGACCAACUUAGUAAAACUUCCUGUCUCCUCCCAAUGA